AUGAAUGAGGAAUUGAUCUCGAAAGCUUCGAUGAUGGAUGCGGAACUCGCAGAGUUCCUAAGCAAACAUCCCGUGCCAAAAGCUGACUGGUCGAAUCUCGACAAGUUCCGCACCGCGCGUGCAGGUUUGGCAGAGAAAAGACUCAAGGAACAGGGGUCCCCGGGACCUGGCUUCGAAGAGGAAUUCAGGACAAUUAGCAUGAGAGAUGGCUUCCAAAGCCGCAUCAAAAUCCACAAACCGGUCAAUGGCGAUGGCCCUCUGAUCGUCUUGGUCUUUGGAGGCGGGUUCAUUGUUGGAAACGAUGAGCAACUUACUCCGCUCGGACGUGCUACUGCGAAAGCUUUCACGGCAACCACUAUGACUGUCAGUUAUCGCCUGGCUCCAGAACACAAGUUCCCGACCCCUGCUCACGACGUCGAAGACAGUCUCUUGUGGAUUGCGAGCAAUGCUGAGAAGUUAGGUGCUGAUCCAACCAAAGGAUUUGUGCUAGGUGGCAUCAGUGCGGGAGGCAACCUUGCAGCGUGUGUCGCACAAAAAACCCUGGACGACAAGAGUCUGUCACACCCAUUGACUGGUCUCUGGCUGUGUGUGCCGUGGAUUUUUCCCCUUGACAAGGAUCUUGUACCCGAGCGAUACAAGAACAUCUACAACAGCCGUGAGCAAGCCAACAACGUGCCUGUCUUGGACAAGGAUGCUCUCGUUGCGAUCAAUAGUCACGUGUCUCCAGACGCCUCCUCUCCACUCCAUUCUCCCUUCAACAGCAAGACCCCUCACAAAGGUUUGCCUCCCACUUACAUCCAAGUGUGCGGUCUGGAUCCUUUGCGCGAUGAUGGCUUGGUCUAUGAGAGAGUGUUGCACGACCAUGGUGUCGUGACGAGGCUGGAUGUUUGGCCAGGAGUGCCUCAUGCACAUUUCGCCUUCUUCCCCUUCCUUGCUAUUAGCAAACAGGCCGUCACUGAUAUCAUCAUGGGCUUCAACUGGUUGCUCGGAACGGACAUGUCGGCUCAGACGAUCCAUGGAUUGCUGGCUCCUGGACAAAUCGGUGCUUAG